AUGCCCCGCCACCACGCGGGAGGAGAGGAGGGCGGCGCCGCCGGGCUCUGGGUGAAGAGCGGCGCGGCGGCGGCGGCGGCGGGCGGGGGGCGCCUGGGCAGCGGCAUGAAGGAUGUGGAGUCGGGCCGGGGCAGGGUGCUGCUGAACUCGGCGGCCGCCAGGGGCGACGGCCUGCUGCUGCUGGGCACCCGCGCGGCCGCGCUCGGCGGCGGCGGCGGCAGCGGCGGCGGCGGCCUGAGAGAGAGCCGGCGGGGCAAGCAGGGUGCCCGGAUGAGCCUGCUGGGGAAACCGCUCUCGUACACCAGUAGCCAGAGCUGCCGUCGCAACGUCAAGUACCGGAGGGUGCAGAACUACCUGUACAACGUGCUGGAGAGACCCCGCGGCUGGGCAUUCAUCUACCACGCGUUCGUCUUUCUCCUUGUCUUUGGUUGCCUGAUUCUGUCAGUGUUUUCCACCAUCCCUGAGCACACAAAAUUGGCCUCAAGCUGCCUCUUGAUUCUGGAGUUCGUGAUGAUUGUCGUCUUUGGUUUGGAGUUCAUCAUUCGAAUCUGGUCUGCAGGCUGCUGUUGUCGGUACAGAGGAUGGCAAGGAAGACUGAGGUUUGCCCGAAAGCCCUUCUGUGUUAUAGAUACCAUUGUUCUUAUUGCUUCAAUAGCAGUUGUUUCUGCAAAAACUCAGGGUAAUAUUUUUGCCACGUCCGCACUCAGAAGUCUUCGUUUCCUGCAGAUCCUCCGUAUGGUGCGCAUGGACCGAAGGGGAGGCACUUGGAAAUUACUAGGUUCAGUGGUUUAUGCUCACAGCAAGGAAUUAAUCACGGCUUGGUACAUAGGAUUUUUGGUUCUCAUUUUUUCAUCUUUCCUUGUCUACCUGGUGGAAAAGGAUGCCAAUAAAGAGUUUUCUACAUAUGCAGAUGCUCUGUGGUGGGGCACAAUUACAUUGACAACGAUUGGCUAUGGAGACAAAACUCCCCUAACUUGGCUGGGAAGAUUGCUUUCUGCAGGCUUUGCGCUCCUUGGCAUUUCUUUCUUUGCACUUCCUGCCGGCAUCCUUGGCUCGGGUUUUGCAUUAAAGGUACAAGAACAGCACCGCCAGAAACACUUUGAGAAAAGAAGGAACCCAGCUGCCAACCUCAUUCAGUGUGUUUGGCGUAGCUAUGCAGCUGAUGAGAAAUCUGUUUCCAUUGCAACCUGGAAGCCGCACUUGAAGGCCCUGCACACCUGCAGCCCUACCAAGAAAGAACAAGGGGAAACAUCAAGCAGAAUUAUGAAAUUUCAUGUUGCAAAACGGAAAUUUAAAGAAACAUUACGCCCAUAUGACGUAAAAGAUGUCAUUGAACAAUAUUCUGCUGGUCACCUGGACAUGUUGUGUAGAAUUAAGAGCCUUCAAACACGUGUUGAUCAAAUUCUUGGAAAAGGGCAAAUCACAUCAGAUAAGAAGAGCCGAGAGAAAAUAACGGCAGAACAUGAGACCACAGACGACCUCAGUAUGCUCGGCCGGGUGGUCAAGGUUGAAAAACAGGUACAGUCCAUUGAGUCCAAGCUGGAUUGCCUACUAGACAUAUAUCAACAGGUCCUCCGGAAAGGCUCGGCCUCUGCCCUCACGUUGGCCUCAUUCCAGAUCCCGCCUUUUGAAUGUGAACAGACAUCUGACUAUCAAAGCCCUGUGGACAGCAAAGACCUGUCCAGCUCCGCACAGAACAGUAGCUGCUUAGCCAGAUCAGCUAGUGCCAACAUCCCUCGAGGCCUGCAGUUCAUUCUGACGCCAAAUGAGUUCAGCGCUCAGACUUUCUAUGCGCUUAGCCCUACUAUGCACAGUCAAGCAACACAGGUGCCACUGAGUCAAAGUGAUGGCGCCUCAGUGGCAGCCACCAACAUUUCAAACCAAAUAAAUGCGGCACCUAAGCCAGCAGCCCCAACAACUUUACAGAUCCCGCCUCCUCUCCCAGCCAUCAAGCAUCUGCCCAGGCCAGAGACCCUGUACCCAAACCCCACAGGCUUACAGGAGAGCAUUCCUGAUGUCACCACCUGCCUUGUUGCCUCCAAGGAAAAUGUUCAGGUUGCACAGUCAAAUCUGACCAAGGACCGUUCCCUGAGGAAGAGCUUUGACAUGGGAGGAGAAACUCUGUUGUCUGUCCACCCGGCGGCACCCAAGGACUUGGGCAAAUCUUUGUCUGUACAAAACCUGAUCAGGUCGACAGAGGAACUGAAUAUACAGCUUUCAGGGAGUGAGUCGAGUGGCUCCAGAGGCAGCCAAGAUUUUUACCCCAAAUGGAGGGAAUCCAAAUUGUUUAUAACUGAUGAAGAGGUGGGCUCGGAAGAGACGGAGACAGACACUUUUGAUGCCAUGCCGCAGCCUGCCAGGGAAGCUGCUUUUGCGUCAGACUCUCUAAGGACUGGAAGGUCUCGAUCAUCUCAGAGCAUUUGUAAGGCUGGAGAAAGUACAGAUGCCCUCAGCUUGCCUCACGUCAAACUGAAAUAAGUUCCUUGUCUUCUUUCUAGGCAUAGCAGUUCCUUUAGCCAUACAUAUCAUUGCAUGAACUCUUUUGAAAGCCCUUCUAAAAUUGAAUUUGCAAGAAUCGGGAAGAACAUGAAAGGCAGUUUAUAAGCCCAUUAUCUUUUAAUUGCAUGAAAAUGCAUGUUUAGGGAUGGCUGAAAUUCCAAGGUACAUCAACAUUAACCCACUCAUUUAGUAACGUACCUUGAGGUAAUAAUCCUGAGAAACCAAACACAGCUAACGCUGUGGGGUGUGUGGAAAUUAGGUCACUUAGAAGAUUUAACUCUGGAUUUUGAGAUUAUGGGAGUAAACGCCUUCAAAUUUCAGCCAUUUCUGCUUUGCGAUUAAAUGCAAAAUACAUUUUCAAAAUCAGGCCAUAAUGUAUAUUUAAACCCAAUGGCACUCAUCAACAGCUGCUGACAAGGUACCAAGUGAAGCAGAAUUGGGGACUAGUAGAAAUGGCUGCUUAUUUCAAGAUAUAUUUGCCAACCCAUUCCUAGUCAGUCAUGUCAUUAUUAAUGUAAUAUGAAUGUCGAUACGUGUGCUUUUGGUGAUUUCAUGCUGUGGCAAGCAAUUUUGCACAUCAUUUUCAUGUUGUCCUUUAUGACGAGAAUGUUCUUCAAUUAGAAAAUGUGCAAAUCAUGCAGUUCAGGGCCAGUGGGGCAAAUAAACUGACUAUUGGAUACACUUGACUUUAUGGAAACAUAUUCCCUAAUGGCCGGAUCAAUUCUGUAAGUGGUCAACUUCUACACAACAAGUGAAACACCAAUCGGUUGAAAGGCCAGUGUGAUUGGGCUGACCUCUCGGCAGUGGCACCAGCCCAGGCUUGCCAGUCCCACCCACACAACGGGGGAGUGUGAGAAGCUGUCCCCCCUUCGCUGACACACAGGCAGGAUCCCAGGGAAUGAGACAUGUGAGUGAGACUGAGAUGGAAAAGGCCUGAGAAGACACCACACCGGGAAGUAAGUGAAGUUCAAGAAAGUGAU